AUGUGGCGGUACCGAACACAGGGAGUUACGGUGCCCGAAAGAGGCCGGGGUCCAGGAGGGAGGUCCCCAGGUGGCCUCCCCGUGCUGCUGGGCGUCAGGGAGCCCGGGGCCCCGGGGCACCUCUCUCCAGGCAGCAUGGAGCCUGACAGCCCCCUCUGGGGCUGGGGCUGGGCUGGGGAUGGGGACGAUGACUGGGAUGGUGCUGUGCUGGUCUUGCUGGCAGUGGCUGUGGUGGCAGCCACAGCACUGGCUUUGCACUGGUUUGGCUUUGGGCAGGACCAGGAAGUGGCAAGACCAGUGUCCACAGCCCCGGGGAGCCAGCCUGAUCAGGCAGGAGGGGCUGAGCUGGGCCAGCACCCCAAGCCCCAGGUCAGCGGUGGCAGAGAGAAGCAGAGCCAGGGGCAGGGAGAGCCAGGCCCUCCAGGACGCUGCCAGGGAGCUCCUGCUGCCGCCGGGAACCCAGAGCCACCCAGAGGGCUGGCGGCCACAGCCAGGCCUUCCCUAGAGACCCCGGGUCAGGUGGAACAGCAGCAAGGUAAAGUCUCCCCAGGAGCCCCCCGAGGCCACGGAAGCGGGCCUCCCAGGCCAAGCACUGCCCUCUUUGGGAGAAGCAAGGUGGGGUCUGUGGCCACCCCCCUCCUGAUCCACUUCGCCCCUCGGAGUCUCCGCAGCUCAAUGGACGUGAAGGUACAGGAAGGCAGCGUGGGUGCCCAGGGGCCAGCUCAUCAGGCCCGCGACCGUGCCAGGCAACGGGACACCAGCCUCUGGCACCCAGCUAUGGGGCCCCUGGGCUCAUCAGGGAGAGGCCCGGCUGGCUGUCGGCUACAGAUGGAUGGAGUCAGAACCUACCGCCCCUCAAAGCCGCGCCCCCUCCGUCUGGGCACCGCGGUGAGUGUAUGGGACGCUGUGGUGGUGGCUUCGGCUGCCCUGGACUCGCUGGACCACCUCUGCACAGGCUCCCAGCUGCCCCGGAUCCGUGUGGAGCAGACUCGGCCACCGGCGGAGGUCUCCAGGAUCAGGUCUGAGGAGACCAAGGGGGUGCAGAGGGUCCUAGCGCCAGAGGAGAACUGGCCCUGGGUCACCAAGGAGGUCCUACUCACCGCGAGCUUCAGCCAGACCCCAGAGUCUCCAGGGCCCAGCGCCAUCCUCAGCUCCAUCCCCAGCUCCAUCCUCAGCCCCAGCCCCAGCCCCAGCCCCAGCCCCAUGCUCAGCCUCAGCCCCAUCCUCAGCCUCCCCCCAGCCCCAUCCCCAGCCCCAUCCUCAGCCCCAUCCUCAGCCCCAUCCUCAGCCCCAGCCCCAUCCUCAGCCCCAGCCUCAUCCUCAGCCCCAGGCCCAGCCCCAUCCUCAGCCCCAGGCCCAGCCCCAAUUGCAACUCCACCCUUUCCCCCUGCUAGUGGGUCAAGGCCUGUGUCUCAGGAGUCCAGCUCGGGUCUAUUCAAGGCCUACCAAGAGGGCCAGAUCUCAACCAGCUGGGGAAACCUUAUUGCCAUGGUUCUUAGAAGCCACCCCUUCCCCAGGCUAGAGGGGCCCCAAAGGAGUGUCCCAAAGUCAGUUUCUGGGAGCCUUCCAGAUCUCAGCACACCCACACACCGUGAGGACAGGCAACCUGCUUCUCCUGAAGGGGCUGUCCCCCACCUAGAGGGUACGCAUGGCUCUCCAGUGGGCACUGCUAUAGGCACAGACACAUGGGGUCUGGCUGAUUUUGGAUGUCAGCCACAGCCAAGAUCUGCAACCAGUGGGGCUCCCAUCCCAGGCCCUUCUCCAGGCCCCAGUGGAGAGGGAACCAAGGAUAGUCUAGGCUCACUGUCCCCAGCCGCAGGGCCCAGGACUCCCUGGCAGACCUCUGAGCAGACACAGCCUAUCCCCCAACUGUGGAAACGCAGCAUGUGUGAACUAGCCCAGAGCUCUGAGACGGAGGUCAGUCAGGUAGCCUCAGGACAGCACCAGGAGGAGGCACCAGGGAAGGGAGUCAGCCCUGCAGGCAACAGGGGGCUGCUCACAGAGAAGCAGAAAGAGGCCCCCAAACUCAUGGCUUUUCUGCAGAGACCAGGGAACUGGGGGGUGGUGGAAGGGCUCCGGAGGCCCAGCUCACGGGCCCCCAAGCCAGCCGAGGCAGCAGUUCUGCAAUGGCCGCUGGAUUUGGGCAGCUGCCUGGACGUGCUGGCCUUCGCCCAGCAGCGUGGGGAGCCCGGCCUGGCCCAGGAGGCGUACAUCUCAAUGAGCAAUAACCUGUUGCGUGUGCUGGGGGACCCGCAUCUCUACCGGCAGCUGAGUGGGGCUGACCGGGAGCGCAUUCUCAGCCUGAGAACCAGCCAGGGCAAGGCUGUGCUGGGGGUCCUGGUGCUGCCUAACCUCUACCAGGUGAGCCACUCAGGGCUCCUGAGGGCCCCUUGUGAGGAGGAGGCUCCUGGGGCUGGUCCUGCGUCGCUGCCCCCUCGCACACACCUGCAUGUGUUUAGCCCCCAGGAGAACACAUGGCAGCGCCUGGUCCAGGUGCCUGAAGAGGCCCCACUCCGGGGCUGUGGUCUCUGCACUAUGCACAACUACCUGUUCCUGGCGGGCGGCAUCCGUGGUUCCGGUGCCACGGCCACCUGCUCCCGUGAGGUCUUCUGCUACAAUCCUCUGACCAACGUCUGGAGCCAGGUGUGCUCCAUGCAGCAGGCCCGAGCCCAGCUCAAGCUGGUGGCCGUGGAUGGGCUGCUCUACGCCAUCGGGGGCGAGUGUCUGUACAGCAUGGAACGCUAUGACCCACGCACCAAUGCCUGGACUUCCCGUGCGCCCCUCCCUGCAGGCACCUUCCCUGUAGCUCACGAGGCUGUGGCCUGCCGUGGAGACAUCUAUGUCACGGGGGGUCACCUCUUCUACCGCCUGCUCAGGUACAGCCCCAUGAAGGACACCUGGGACGAGUGCCCCUACAGUGCCAGCCACCGGCGUUCGAGUGACAUGGUGGCACUGGGGGGCUUCCUGUACCGCUUCGACUUGCUUCGGGGCGUGGGUGCAGCCGUGAUGCGCUACAACACCGUGACAGGCUCCUGGAGCCAGGCUGCCUCCUUGCCUCUGCCUGACCCUGCCCCACUCCGCUGCACUGUGCUGGGCAACACCAUUUACUGCCUCAACCACCAGGUCACUGCCACCUUCACAGUCUCUGAGGGGACUGCCCAGUUCCAGGUACAAGAGCUGCAGCCCUUCCCCCUGGGAAUGAAGGGGGUCCUCUGCCCAUUUGUCCUGUUUUUGCCCUCUGAAGAUGGGCUGCAGACUUCUCUCUGA